GCCAGCCGUUAGUUCGCCGUGUGCGCUCGUGACGUGAGGAUCUACUGUUUUUCACCGCGUUACGCUCUCGCAAACCAGCACUUGACGUUCCGGAUGUUUAUUGUUCAUAAAAUACACAAAAAUAUAUACAUCUACAUAUAUUUUUAUCACUUAUCAAGGACACUGUCCGUUUUACUGAUAACCCAGUGGUGAAUCUCGCAAUAGAUUUAUUUUAUCGACUGUUUUAGAUUUUUAAAAUCGGAGCUGUUUGAGUGGAGUUUAAAAGUUAUUACUUGGUGAUAAGUUGCGACGAACUUGACAGAGAGUAAGCGUGUGACAUCACCCUUUACUCGCUCGCGAUAUAAUUCGCGGGUCGCUGUAGCAACACCAGUACCAGUACCAGUACCAUUACCAGUACCAGUAAAUAAACUAUCAGAUACUUUUUUUUUCCCACUCGGACUAAUCGAGUAAUGUGGGAGUUUUAAAUAGCUAUAGAAUGACUGUGGAUGCUGUGUGGCUCUGAACUACUGACGGUCAUUUAAUCCACACGGUCGAGUAGAGCAUUCGCUACGCGAACAAGAGGAUCGCGUGAACCGGAAGACUCAUCGUAACCCGGCAUAUCAUAAUCAUCUACAUACGCUGCCGCGCUGUUUGUGCUGCUAAUCCAUCUACGCUGCAGUGAAAAUAUAAAUAUAUAACAAUAAUAAAAUAUAAAAAAAACUUUAACGAGACUUUGUACUCUUCGGAGCGCGUAUUAUCGGAGUCAUUUCGUCAUGUGCUAACGUCUUGCCACAAGUUACCGAGCUCUGUUUAAAUAUUCGAACUUUACGUUUAUUUUUCUCGACUCGCGAAUUCAUUUACCUCGCGGUUUUUGAAUUCCUGCUAUCGUGGAAUCGAACGGGCUUUCUUUGACUACGUGUCGAUUGGACAGCGGGUUUGCUGGACAGGAGCAGAGGAGUUGGGUACCAGAGUCCGAGCAGGAGUCCAGCAGCAGAGUCGGCGAUUUAAAAGUUGGGGGCCAGGCCUGAAUAUGUCAGCCAAGCGAAAGGCCACUGCCAUCAUGCAGCACCACAAGGAAAAUAUUUCGACCCCAGAGCCUGCAGAUAUCACCGAAGACGAUCAUUAUUCUACCACGCUCAUGAAAGACGCGGAUAAGCUGAAGCUGAUGCUGCUCGCGUGGAAUUAUAAUCUUCAGCAGCAGGCCCAGGCGCAGGCUGCAUCUGCGGCACUGUCGCCAAAUAACUCAUCAACUACAACAGCCAACACCAUUGGCACACCUGUCACCAGCCAAUCAGCCAUUUCCACGGCAAACAACACCAUUAACAACUGCACACUCACAGACUCACGAAAUGGGACGUCAGAGCUCGGGGAAUUAUCCUCAGCGGUCCCUAGUCUCGGCACAGUUUCUGGCGUCGGAGGCGAAGACAUGGCGUCGCUGUGGGCGUCCUAUGCCAUGGGACUAAAGAAGACACCGCCGCCAGCGUCAUCCUGCACACCCUCGCGGUCAGACCGGGACCGGGAGUCGAGUCCGACCGGGGGCGAGGGCGCCGGCAGCGCCCAGGACGAGACCAGCAGCAGUGGGAACAAAGAAGACGAGGAUGACGACGACGAGGACGUCGACGAGAGACUCGACCCACGACACCACGACCCAGAGCGUCUCAAGGCGUUCAACAUGUUCGUCAGACUGUUCGUCGACGAGAACUUGGACCGCAUCGUUCCAAUCUCGAAGCAGCCAAAGGAGAAGAUCCAAGCAAUUAUCGACAGUUGCACUCGACAGUUUCCCGAGUUUGCUGAACGCGCGAGGAAGCGAAUCCGAACGUAUCUGAAGAGCUGCAGGAGGAACAAGAGGGGCAGAGAAGGCGCACCUUGGGACGCGGCGAGACCGACGCCGGCUCACUUGACCUCGGUGCAGGCGGAGCAAAUUUUGGCAACGGCUUGCGAAAACGAGAGCGACAACGCGAAACGCAUGAGGCUGGGGCUCGAGCCGGUCUCACAGCCCAUGCCCACACUGCCAGCGGCUACGCAAACGGACGUGCGGUCGAGCUUGGAGCACUUCUCAAGCACUCCAAUAAAAUCGCUACCAGGAAAGAGAGAGGACACACCGCCGACGUCGAUGACAUCCCUCGCGCCUCUCACCAGCUUGGCCAGUUUACCCAGCAGUACCCUCGCCUCAACGCCUCUGUCGCUUGCACCAACAUCCAAACUAUUGACGUCCUCCGACAACAAGGGUCUUAUGAGCCAAGCGACGAUAGUUAGCUCAUCAGCGGUAAACGGCGUGGCAAGUGGCGGUGCACCCACCGCGAUGUACAGACCAAACUUCAGCCAAGCAUUCCAACGCGCUGGGCCCACCAAUGUGCCCCCGACUCUUUCUGCUGGACUUUAUCCUACUCAGAGCUUCACAUCUGGCCUGCUAAGCAACGGUACACAAAGACCUACUGAUCUGAGUAUGAAAAACACGAAGCCGUUGCUAAGCCACAAGUUGAAUGCCACUGAAAUGACCGCCGUGAGGCAGCUGAUAACCGGGUACCGAGAGUCCGCGGCAUUUUUGCUUAGAUCUGCCGACGAGCUCGAGCAGCUUUUGCUCCAGCAGCCGUAAAUUCUGACGGAUCAUCGACUGAUAAACAACAACAUCAGCAACACGAAAAUCUACUGAUAACUGGAAAAUUUACAACGCGAGCGAGGAGCGGAAGGAAAAUUCGAUAAAAUUAUUAUCGACUUACCGGCAGUCGUAAUCGCGACUCCCGCCGCUGGCAUGGAAAAUUUAACAGCCCGGCGGUAAAUUUAUUUUACUUUUAAUGCUGAACAAAAGUUCAUCAGCAGCCUAGCUUACGUCUAAUUGUUUAAUUGCUCGGUACUUUAUCACUUUUUUUUAUUAUUUACUACUUAAAGCUUUGAUAUAAAUAUAUAUUAUUAUAUAUUAAUUAAAAUAACGAGUCUAGUGAAUGGAUAAGUGUAAAUGUACUUUAAGAUUAAGUUUAAAAAAAGUAAUAAAAUGCGCAAUUAAUAUCUAGAGUUUAUAAUUUUCGAGUGACCACUCAUUGGAAUAAUUAAAUAUUUAAAUAUAAAUAUAUGAUAAUUAAUUGAAAUUAAUAAACAGGGUGUACAUAGACGAAGAAACUAAAAUAUUUACUUAAUUAACGUAAGAAAUAUUAUAUUAUUAUUAAUGUUUUUGUGUGAAUACGUGACUGCUUACGCGAAUUAUAAUAAUAAUUAUUAUAAAAAUAUAUAAUGAAUGUAAUUAAAAAAUGCUUGAUUAUUUACGUACUUUACUUGGAGUAAAUCAAUUGUUUAUAAUUUUGUUAAUGACUCGAGUAAUUAAAAAAAAAAUGAAAAAAAAAAAUGUUGAGAUUUGAACGGACGAAUGAAAAUAAAAUAAUUCGGUAAUUGUAUGAAUUAAGUUGUGGAUUGUAUGCUGUACAUAUUAUUUAAGUAUAGGUAUUUUAUGUAGAUGUGUAUACAUAAAUUUGUAUGGGUAAUCGUGUAGAUAUCGGACACGGCGAUAAAUGAAUAUUGAGCGGUUGUUACCAAGCUAAAUUAUCCAUUCGUAAUUAAUCGUAUGUGUGUUAUGUGUACAUAUGGAUGCCCUGUAUUUACGUACAGAGGAUUACGAGCUGUGUCUAAUUAACCAGAGCUCUAGGAUUAAUGUCAACAGACAUGCUGAAUAUUUUUUAAGUAUCAUUAUUAUUUUUAACUUUAAUAAUUAUUAUUAUUAUUUAUUUACGGUCGACUAUGCGUCAUAAGCCUCUUCCCCUCAAUCGGGAGCACUGUCCGAACUUCCCCCACUUGACCACUCUGAGGAAUUUCGUACCAGAGGGCCCGUUAUAAGCCUCCGUUAAAAUUGUCUAAAUUUUAACGACUCAGAAGUUAGCGGACAAUUAACAAUCUUCAAAUUUUUUUUCAACAAUUUAAUUUGGAAAAAAAAAUUUUAAAAAUGCUCGUGUGGAAAAUUGAAAAAACUAGAGGUGCAAUUUUUAAAAUAUUUUUUUUUUUUAAUUUUAUCGUUUUUAAAAGAAUUUAAAAAUUACUAGACGUCGGCUAAUUUCAGUAUCCGAAAUUAUAAACUUAAAAAAAAUACAAAAAUUUAUUAUCUCUGGUUCGCGGAGAAUAAUUUAAUCAUUAUGGAGUAAAAUAUAAUUUAUUGUUCAUAAUUGUAUUCAAAGCAUCUGUUACAAUUGAAAGUUUUAUUGACCAUUAUCUUUAUUAAUAAAAUAAUUAUUUUUAUUAUUACUGUAAUCAAUACCAUUAUCAUUUUAAUUUUUUGUAUUUUAAUUCUUAUUCGUGUAAGAGAUAAGUAUUUAUUUUAACUCUACACUGUAAAAAAAAUCCGGAGUGAACACGGAGUGGAUGAGUUUAUUUAUUUAAUUUCCUCUGAGUAAAAUUUACUCCGAAUUGGAGUGAAUGUGGAUUUAAAUAAAAUCCAGACCACUCCGAAAUCACUCCGUUGAAAGACAAACUCCCUAUUCACUUCCUAUACGGAGUGAUUUUUUUAAAACUCCGAGCGCAAGUGAAUCCGAAUUUAAAUAAAAUUCGCAAUCACUUCGAAUUUACUCCCGAUUUGUUACAGUGCAGCACCAGAAAAAUCGGAAUAAUCGCGUGCGUAAAAUAUAAAUAUGACGUUUAAAAUCAUAUAAAAUAAAGACAGGCUUAUAACGGGUAGUCAAGAGCAAAACUAAACGCACGGUAGUGGGAAGAAUUCCCAGAAAAAUUUCUCCCACGUCCCCUAGACCAGGCUUAUAACGAACAGUCGACUGUAAAUAUUAAUAAAAAUAAUAGGAAUUAUGUUUGGCGGUUGGGACCACCUUGUCACGAUCGGACAAUAGAAUUCUUUGUAUGGUUGUCUGUACAUCACGUGCUACCAAAGAAUUUAAAAUUAAAAACAUUUAAUUAAUUAACUGAAAAAUAAUAAAUAUGUAGAUGUAGUAAUUGUUGGUAGAUUUUUGUUUUUAUUAUUUUUUAAGACUUUUUUUGCGAGUGUACGGCGAACUACAAACGAACAAACUGACCGAGUCACCGCUACGGUGAUUUGAGAUUUAAAUUUUCGCGCGUAAAUUUUUUAAGUUCUAUUCGUUGUUUUGUAAAUAAUUUAUAUGGAGUAAAUUUUCAUAUAAAUAUAUAUAUUAUAUAUAUAAAUAAAUAAAUAUUAUUAUUAAUUAUUAAAUAAUAGAUAUAGAGGCAUAUAUAUAUUUAAUGCGGCUCCUAAAUAAAAUAAUGAGCACAAUGUGAGAGUAUAUGUGGCAAAGUAUGUUAUGAACACAUUCCAUCUGGACAAAGUUUAUUUAAAAAGGAUAUUGAUAUUGAUAUAUUGAUCGAGAAACGUUCCCUUGGUACACUCAAUAAAAAAAAAAAGAAGUUUAUUAUGAAAAUAUAAAAAUAAAUAAAUAAAAGCGAGCGUAGUUACCCCGCAUGUGUUGAUUUAUCUGAUUGAUGGUUGGGAGUGCGCUUGGUAUUUAAUUGUCGUGCCUCGGAAAAUAAUGUCUCGA